AAGGUUUUGGCCGACCAAGUGUGUACCAUGCUGCUAUUGUCAUCUUCCUUGAAUUCUUUGCCUGGGGCCUGUUGACAACUCCAAUGUUGACUGUUCUUCAUGAAACAUUUCCUCAACACACAUUCCUCAUGAAUGGCCUCAUUCAAGGUGUAAAGGGCCUGCUCUCAUUUCUCAGUGCUCCACUCAUAGGUGCCCUCUCUGACGUGUGGGGGAGGAAGCCCUUUCUCCUCGGCACCGUCUUCUUUACCUGCUUCCCAAUCCCACUGAUGAAGAUCAGUCCGUGGUGGUAUUUUGCAAUGAUUUCUGUGUCUGGAGUCUUCUCAGUCACGUUCUCUGUGAUAUUUGCCUAUGUAGCUGAUGUCACUCAAGAACACGAGCGAAGUACUGCUUAUGGAUGGGUCUCAGCCACCUUCGCGGCUAGUCUGGUCAGCAGCCCGGCCAUUGGAGCAUACCUUUCUGCCAAUUACGGAGAUAGCCUUGUUGUGCUGGUGGCCACAGUGGUGGCUCUGCUGGACAUAUGCUUCAUCUUAAUUGCUGUUCCAGAAUCUCUACCUGAGAAAAUGAGACCAGUUUCCUGGGGAGCUCAGAUUUCUUGGAAACAAGCAGAUCCUUUUGCGUCAUUGAAGAAAGUUGGAAAAGAUUCUACCGUCUUAUUAAUCUGCAUCACUGUAUUUCUCUCAUACCUUCCUGAAGCUGGACAGUAUUCAAGUUUUUUUCUCUAUCUCAGGCAGGUCAUAGGCUUUGGAUCUGUUAAAAUUGCAGCAUUCAUAGCUAUGGUAGGAAUUCUGUCAAUUGUGGCUCAGACGGUCUUUCUUAGCAUCUUGAUGAGAUCAUUAGGGAAUAAGAAUACUGUCCUCCUUGGCUUGGGCUUCCAGAUGCUCCAGUUAGCCUGGUAUGGUUUUGGAUCUCAGGCCUGGAUGAUGUGGGCAGCAGGGACUGUGGCAGCCAUGUCCAGCAUCACGUUUCCGGCCAUCAGUGCCCUUGUCUCUCGGAAUGCUGAGUCAGAUCAGCAAGGAGUUGCCCAGGGGAUCAUAACUGGAAUAAGAGGACUAUGCAAUGGCCUGGGGCCAGCCCUGUACGGCUUCAUAUUCUAUAUGUUCCACGUCGAGCUGACUGAGUUGGGCCCAAAAUUGAAUUCUAACAGUACUCCUCUACAUUACAUCCGUCAGGGAGCCGUCAUCCCAGGCCCACCGUUUUUAUUUGGGGCAUGUAUAGUUCUCAUGUCUUUUCUGGUUGCCUUAUUCAUCCCCGAAUACAGUAAAGCCAGUGGAGUUCAAAAACACAGCAACAGCGGCAGUGGCAACCUGCCCAACCCUCCAGAACGGCUCAGUGAUGAGGACAUCGAGCCGCUGUUGCAAGACAGCAGCAUUUGGGAGCUCUCUUCAUUCGAGGAGCCUGGGAAUCAAUGCACUGAACUGUAAACUCAGCAGAAAGGAGAUUCUGCAGACGCCGUCUCUGAGAGCAGCGGAGGGCGCCACACUACGUGGAAACCUCAUGGUGCUGGAUGGGAGAUGCCAGCAGCAUCCUUCAGGGCCCAGUCUGAUAAAUUCACCUUCAUCCUUCAGCCCUUCCUCCUCCUGGUUUUUUCUUCCAUUCUUUUUCAUCCUGUUUGCACAUUAGAAUAAGGUAAGAGUUGGAAUACUUUCCUAAAAAUAAUGUGCGACUCUCAAGGUGACACUCAAAUAGAAAAAAAUCAUAUCUCUGGUAGAAAGAAUGACUUUCCUGUAAUAACUCUGGAGUAAGAGUGACAGCAAUCUUUUCAUGCCCUUUUCAGCAAAAGGUACGGUAUUAUAGUAGCAAGAUUUCAGGUAAAGAAUCUCUUCUCAUUUUCUUCCUUCCUGUUUCUCUGAAUUAGCUCUUAGGUGUUGACGAGUGGCCAGGCUUAAGAGUCACUCAGUAUCAGGGAUCUAUGAUUGCCUUUGUUCAAAGGCCAAAUGAAAACCUAGUUUUACUCUUUCCUUUUAUUUUCUUCUACUUCCUAUUCUUGGCUAGAAUAAAAUUCAACAUAUCUACAUCUUUAGAAAUUAAUAAUGUUGAACAGUGAUUACCUUUACUAGAUGAAGGAAGUUUUUCCUAUAAGUUUAAAUCUUGUAGAACUUGUAACACAGGACUAGUGUCCUGGUUGGAUCCAAGGUGAUUUUACAGGAGACAAAAACACCUCAAGCAUUCUGGUGGCAACACAGAAAUUGGAAGGUGCUUCUAAGAGAAUCUUUAAUAAUUUGAAAACUCCUAAGUGAGGAUGAGUGUUAGUAACUGGAUACCAGUGGAAUUUAUAUCCAAGUUCAGACUCAUAAUACAUUAUUUCUAUUUGCUCCUUCCUGUAUCUCCCAUGUCCUAUUCAAACAAUUUUUUCCAUCCAUCACACUCCUGCCUUAACUGCUCUGUAGUAUGCAUUUAUUUUCAGUUCAUCUUUAUUUCAGUCUGUUUAUCUGAGUCUCAUGGGAAUACACACAUCAAAUUCCUUUCUAAAAUAUUAUGGUUUUGUGAAGCUCAGUUUCACAAUAAGUGUCUUGCUAAUUUUUUGAGAUGUUUUAUGGACAAAGAACUUUACAGAUUUAUAUGUAUUUUGCUGCACCAGUAAAUGGACCAUUAACUAGGGCCUACCUUUAACAGAGCACUCCUUUGAACGUUUUAUAGGUAUGAAAUAUAUGUAGAUAUUUGUAAGGGGUUUUAAUUUUUUUGAUGGGGUGCUGUGUAAAUCUUGUAUUUAUAAAUGUAAUGAAGGUAUUGACAGAAAAAAUAUAUACAACUUUUAUAAAGGAUUGUGUACUGACUGAAUACAUUUAAAAGAAAAUAUAUUUUGAAACCUGUUCUGCUGUGAACAGAGAUAACAUAUCUUUUUACUAUGCUGUUGGUUUUUAGGUUAAGCUUCCUAAUGCAUAAUAAAUUUGCAAUGGAUACUUUUA